UCGUCUCAAUGAACACCAUUAUUGAUGGACUUACGAGACUCAUGGGCUGAAAAGGAGGGAAAAAAAAUAUUACGGAAACAAAACUGGAAUUGAUUAACGAAAUUAGGGGAUAAGAGGAAAAACGAGAGGUGUAAUUGAGAUUCGCUAAGGUCCUAGCAUUGGGAGACAUACCUGCGGGAUUGAACUGAUUAUGAGUGAAAGAAUACGGUUGAAAGCCACUGAGAGAGCCAAUGUUUACAUUCCUAUGGGUAUUAUUAUUUGAUUCCUUGAUACGCUUAUUUCCACUCAGACGUUCAAUACUGACAAAAUUCUAGGAAAAACCUUUGUGAUCAUCGCGCCCAUUGAGAAUUGCAUAUAAUAUAAAAGAAAAAGAAAAUUUGAAAAUGUCAUAAGUGAGCUGCAAUGUUACGUUCAUAAUUUAUUAUCCGUUUUCCGUUUUUUUUUCUGAACAGAUCUCCUGGAUCGAAUGCAGAGGUUUCUGGGUAUCCAAAAUGAAAGCCAAGCUCCUAUGGAUUCUUAACCCCAGAAUCCAAAUCCUCUCAACUUAGGAGGAGAUGGAGAGGAGGUUGAGAGACUGCAGGGUGGAGGAGCAGGACAGGCGAUUGAGAAUUUCGUUUUACUCCUCCAUCAACAAGAGCAGCAAUAACAACAACAACUGCAACGAGAAUUACUGCAGGCUAUCAUGGCGAGGCGUCCACGCACUCCUGAGGAGUUCAUCACCAUGUUGCGUACAUUUAUUCAGGACCAACAACGUAGUUGCAAUCACAAUCGAGGCACCAAUGCUGGUAACAAAUGCCGAUUAUGGCGCGGUGGACGUGGAGGACGAGCAUGGCGCGGGGGUCGCGGGGGAUGGGGUGGACGCAGUGGUGGGCAUUCUGUGACCGUCCGC